GCCGACUGGGCUUUUUGAGUAGAUGAAUAUAAAACUAUUUGUUCAAAAAGAAGACAAAAACCUUUAAAAGGGAUUGGUUUGGCUUUAAAUGAAUACAGAAUUUUAGGAAUGCAAAGAUUCACAAGCAAGGUAAUGAAAGUGGGUUUUGGAUUUGCGUUUAAACUACGUUACAGCUGUUGUUCCUCUGCAACAACAGGUCACCUGACUGAAGCUCAGCAGGAGAAACUUCAAACUGCAUCUUUUGCGAUGAUAGAUGAGGACUCCUAAAUUUGUUUUGAGACCGCAGGUCCCUGGACUGGUAAGAUGGAGGAGGCAUAUAGUGAACUGUACCAGCAGUUUCUACACCUGAGGUCCCUUUGCCUGAGGCAGGCUGCGCUGCUGCACCAACUCACAACAGCCCUCCAGAAACAGCAAGGUGCCGCUGUCCCAAAUGGAGACCUGAGCGCCAUGGUUUCCAUCCCUGUCCAGUGCUCCCAUGAAAUCCCUCUGUGUCUGUUGGAAAAGCCUCAACCUCUAACAGCUGGUGCACCGUGCGGUGUUGAUUACCCCUUCGGAAAUGUGGGCACUGUCGCUGGGCUUGCUGAAGAUAUGUUAAAGCUAAGUGUGGAUUUGCCUUAUCAGAGAAAGCAGGGUGUGAUUGGGACUUCCAAAAGUCCUGGGCAGAAUCAUCCUGCUGAAGACAGCGCUCCACACACAGCGACGAUGCCAGCGAGUGACUGCUCCUUUCUGGCCGCUGGCCUUCCCAACCAGUCUGAUGAAGCACUGAUGUCGGAUGUGGUGCUACAGUCUCAUGUGUGUGAGUUCUGCCAGGCGGUUUUUCCCAGGGACGCAGCCACAAGAGGAGAGUUCCUUCGCCAUCUGUACACCCAUGUAACCUAGAAAAAAGACAUUCUUAUUCGUCUUCUCUUGACACACAUGACCUUUGUUGGGAUGGCUGUUAAAUGUUUGUGGACUGUUUCCAAAUUUUCCAGCCAGCUAAAAAAUGUUUCCAGUUUAAUUUGUUCAGCAGAGCUAAUUUCUGUUAUUUGUGUUUGGUGCAUUUGUGCCAUUCAGGAUAUACAAUAUAGUUUAAAACAGUUUCUUAUCUGAAAUAACUGACAGAAAUAAAAUGUGGCAUCACCUCCCCUCUAAUGUUCACUUUAACAGUACUUAUAAAAUCAGGUUGAAAUGGAUCUGACCAUCACAGAUCAGUGAAUAUUACACCCUAAAAUGUUUUCUUGAUUGUGGCUUUUAGAUUUGAAGAUUGUCAUUUGAAUGACCUUUAUUUAAAAGCAAAAGACACAAUUGUUUCUUUCUAAAGAAAUCUACCAUUCAGGUCUUGGCAUUUCGUAUCAAGGCAACUUUCAUUUUCAUAAUUCUACAAAAGGGGGUUACCUUCAUCACCUAUUAUGUUUGCCAGUGACUGCAGUAUUUGUUUUGUAGUAAUAUCCGUAGCUUGUUCGAGAGAAUUCCAAUUACUCAUGUGAAUCUUGAGUUAUUUAUAAGACUUGAACACAGACUCGAUGCUUUCAUUAUUUGUAACAGUCCUUCUGCUCUUUGCCGUCAGAUCAGAUGUCUGCUGCUUGAUCUGUUUCUGAGGAAAGAACGAGCACUAAGAAUAGACUCAGAGAUUUAACUCCCUAAUUAGUAGUGUUGACAGCUGGCCGAUGAUGGCAGUUCCUUUAUCUGUUGCCACACUGCCUGUCAUUCACAUAAUCACAGCAAAAAAACUAAACAAUUAAGAAGCACUAACUUGGUAAAAAAUAGGUCUUUGUCUUUGUUUUUACACAGGUGUGGAUAUAUAUAUAUAUUAGAUAAAAAUGACAUGGACUUUAAACAAAAACUAUAUAUGAUUUACCAUUAUUCACACAG